AUGACCCAAAAUCCUUUUCAGACCCCCGUCAGUUCUAGUCAGCAUACUUCUAUCACAACACCAACAACAAGUUCGACAAUUACUUCUACUCCUGAAACUGCAGCUGAUGACAGGCUUGAGACUAAUAUUGAUAACAACAGUAAAAGAAACCUAGCUGAAAAUGAACAAAUCCAUUAUGCUAAGGACGUAAAUGAAUCGUUACCAGCUCAAACACCCAAAAAAGGUAGCAUCGGUAGUCACAAUGCAGCAACAAUAGAUAAUAUUGAUGAUAAUAAAUCUUUAAUUUCAUCAAAUAAUAUCCAAGAAAAAAAUCCCAAUCAUGAAUCAAACGCGUUUUCUAGACCACAAUCAUUAUUAUCACGUCAAGAACCACAACAAUUGAGUCAUCCUACAUCGAAUUUGUCAUUGACUCCGUCACCGUCUUUUAACGCUCGAUCAAUUCUGCAGUACACCCCUUCAGCCUCCUCUUCCGCUUCUCCUUCGUUACCUUCACUCGCCGCUACACAAAUGGAUCAUCGAAAAUCAUUACCACAUUCGCCACCACCACAGCAGCAGCAACCACCCUUAUCUUCAUUCGAGGAAGUGAAAGAGGGCUUUAAGCGCGUGAUUGAAUUAGUCAAGCGUGAUGAAAUGUUUGAUGCAUUUAAUUUGCUCUCCAAUAUCACAGCUAAUGUGGUGACCAAUUGUGAAAAAUAUGGAUUAACAUCGGAUGAAAAUUUUUCAAACGAUCGAGAGACAUUCUGGAAAACAUUGAAUGAUUGCUGGUUAUAUGCAAUAUCACAGGUGAAUAAAAAUCAUUCGAAACAUCAUCAACAACAAUCUCAAGAGCAGCAACAGCAGUCACUACCACAGCGUAUCGGAAAAGAGUACCUGUAUAAACUCCGUGAAUCUGUUGUAUCUUGGGCAGACGUAUUAGAAAGAUACGGAUUAGUGGAUUACGAGAUGGGUUAUUGGGAACAAGAUUUUCUUGAAGCUAUUGAUACACAAAUUAAUCUCUUUCUCAAUGACUCCGAUAUGUUUCAUCAUCGACCGCAACAACAGCAUCAAAGAUCUUGA